CUCCAGCUGUGCACCUUAGACAGCAUCAUGGUAGCAUUCAAGGGAGUCUGGACAAAGGAUUUCUGGAGGGCAGUUUCUGGAGAGUUCCUUGCCACACUUAUUUUCAUUGUGCUGAGCUUGGGCUCAACCAUUACCUGGAACCCUAAAGAGGAGAAUCCACCCACUGCAGCAGACCUGGUCCUCAUCUCUCUCUGCUUCGGUCUGAGCAUCGCCACAAUGGUUCAGUGUUUUUGCCACAUUAGUGGUGGGCAUAUCAACCCUGCUGUCACUGUAGCAAUGGUGGCCACCCAAAAGCUAAGUCUUGCAAAGGCCUUGUUCUACGUGGUAGCCCAGUGUUUGGGUGCCACUGUUGGAGCCGGGAUCCUCUACCUUGUUACCCCAAGCUCAGUGAGAGGAGGACUGGGCGUUACUACGGUGAACUCCAGUAUUUCUGCAGGCCAUGCUCUUGUUGUGGAGUUUCUUAUCACAUUUGAGCUAGCCUUCACUGUCUUUGCCACGUGUGACCCCAAACGCAGUGACCUCAGUGGAUCAGCUGGACUGGCGAUUGGCUUCUCUGUUGCUAUUGGCCAUCUGUUUGCAAUCCCUUAUACUGGAGCCAGUAUGAAUCCUGCUAGAUCCUUUGGGCCAGCAGUUGUCACCUGGACCUGGGAAAGUCACUGGGUGUACUGGGUGGGGCCACUCCUCGGUGGGACCCUGGCUGCAGCCAUGUAUGAGUACCUGUUCUGCCCUGAUCCGGAGCGUAAGAAACGCUGCAGGGAUAUGUUUAUCAGGGGUGCUUCUGGGAAGUACAAGGAGGUGGAAUGUCCCAACGGCCAACACGUCAGUGAUGCUGAUGACCUGGUUAUCAGCCCUGGCUCCUUCCAUUCAUCUCUGAACAUGAAGAAAGGGGAGGGGCGUGAGGAACUGCGAGACUCAUCUGGGGAAGUGCUAUCCUCUGUAUGA